AGGAAAGACAAGAAAUCCAAUUUAUGUGAAAACGCACAGAUUAUUCGUACUUGACUUGACAGUUGUAAAGGAUUGAAGAAAUAGACGCGAGAAGCGACGCGUACUUGUCUACAAAUCUACUAUUGCAACUGAAUAGAAUUCGACUGAAAAAAGAAGAGGGAAAAUCGAAGAGUGAAUAAGGCAUACUAAAGACAUUGGAAUACAAUAGCCAUGAGCGUUUGAUGGAGGGACAAACUAUCAAAAUCAGUUGUCUCUGGUUCUCCACGGUGGUUGGGUGGGUCGGAGAGCUUCUUCUUUUCCGCACUAUUAAUGGAAUAUCCAAUUCAAAAAAUAUUUUCUUCGCGUACAGAAAUGCGGAUCAGCGUGGCUUAAUGCUGCAUUUGGCUGAACCAAAGAAAAGGCUCGAAUAAAAAAAAAAAAUCAAUUAAUCUGUGUGAUACAAUAUAGUGUGGAAAGUUCGUCUUUUGCCUUGUUAUUGCAAAUUGUAGGAAUCUAAUUGUAAUCUAGUGAAAAUGGCAACCAUUAUUAGAUCACUGAUCGAAAACUACCGUUACUACAUUCACGAAACGUCAGUUUCCAUUAUUCACUUUGAAAUUUAACAUUUAUCAAGAUCAAUACGCUUAAACAACGUCACUAGAUUUCGACCAGAAUCUUUGCACAUCAUCAAAAAUAUUCACAAAUGGAACCGCGAAAAAUUAUAACACGUGACGCAAAAACCGGACAGUUUCUUACGCUUAUAUGCGCAUAUCUAGGCUAAUUUUGAAUAUGACGGCAAAGCGCUCACACAUAUUGUGAAACUGCAAUGACCAACUGCAAAUGUAUAUGAAAAAAUCCAAGGGUCAAAGAUUGGUUUCUAAUGUCAUCGCCAUGGCCUGGCAUAGCAUUAUUAGGAUUUUAUUUAUAUUUUAUUUACCGGCUAGGUCCAAGUUUGAUGGCCAACCGGCGUCCAUUUCAUUUGGAUAGAAUAAUGCAAAUAUAUGACGUCAUACAGAUAAUAUUAAGUACCUACCUUUUUUAUAAAGCUUUAGUAUUGGGGUGGCUAAGCGAUUACAGUUUCGCUUGUCAACCCGUCGAUUAUUCAUAUUCUCCCCGAGCUAUAGAGAUUGCUCAAACUGUACAUUUAUACUUCGUUGUAAAAAUUAUUGAUUUGCUGGAUACUGUCUUUUUUGUUCUUCGGAAAAAAGACCAACAAGUAUCUUUUUUGCAUGUAUAUCAUCAUACUGGCAUGGUAUUGGCGAGCUGGGGUGGUGUAAAAUAUCUUGCAGGAGGCCAUAGUACAUUUUUAGGUUUGAUAAACUCAUUUGUGCAUAUGAUAAUGUAUACGCAUUAUCUAGUGAUGUCGUUGAAGAUAGCUAAACCAUGGUGGAAAAAGUACAUUACCCAGAUGCAACUAAUCCAGUUCUUUUUGAUACUUUACCACUUUUCGCAACUGCUUUGGAGAGAAUAUUGUGGAUUUCCUCGCUGGACAGCAGCUAUAUUUAUACCUCAAAAUCUUUUCAUGAUCGUUCUAUUUGGAGAAUUUUAUUACAAAGCUUACAUUAAAAAACCAAAAACAAAGACUGAAGUUACGAAAAAUGGACAUGUCAAAACAGAAUCGUUGCAUGAAAAACAAAAGACUACAUAGAUGUUUUAUAGAAUAGAAAACUAUACACUACAAGAAAAUAAACUAUUAUUACAAUCCAAUUGGCAUGUAGCUUUCAGCUUAUUCUAAUUUUAAAAGAUUUGUAUGCAUUUAUACCUUAAAGUAAUAAGUAGAAACAUUUUUAUAUCCAUAACCAUGUCUUUGAGAGUCUAAAAAUUGAAGAAAAUACAUAUAAACAAAACUACUCUCACUUACUUAGGAAAUCUUUUUGAUUUUAAUAUCCUUAUUUUAAUUUUAUAUUAGUUGUUACCAUUAUUUAAUUUUAUAUUAGUUAAAACAAUCCUUAUUUUAAUAUUCUUAUUAUAUAUAUAUAAGCAUACGUUAUAAUACAGGGAGACCGAUGAGUUUACUAAUCCACCAAGUGACCAGCAAAUGUUUAUUCAAUCGGCUAAUUGUUAUUGUAAUUGUUAUUGUUAAUAUUAUUAUUAUUAUUUUUAUUAUUAUUAUCAUUAUUAUUAUUAUUGUUGUUAUGUUUAAGAACUGCGUUUAUUUCGAAAGCUUCAGGGAUAUAUAUUAGGUAGAUAUCUAUACAUAUUACUUUCGGUUUCCUAUAGUUAUAAGAAUCAUGUAACUAGUUUCCUCUAUCACUUUUGGAAAGCUAGAUAAUUUUUACGCAAAUAUCAUUAAUGAAAUAUAAAAAACUUUUGUAAUAAAGUAAUACCUUUUAAAAAUCAGCAAUUAUUUUACGGGUUAAUAAACAAUUCAAAUUUUCCGUACAUUUAUAAAUUUAUAAAAAGAAUGAACAAAAUUUUUAAAAUUGAUUGUAAUUUUAUUUCUUACGCCACGUUACUUAGAUUUCGGUAUUUUCAGCAACAUUUUUUUAUACAAAGUUUAUAUCAAGUUGACAAAUUACUUGCCUUCAUGCUUCAUUAUAUUAUUACUUUACCCCAUCACCAAUGAUUGAAUUGAGAAGAUCUGGUUUAUCACACAACUUCUAUGAAGAACUGUAGUAUGUAAAAGUAGAACAAAUAUGUAUGAGGUAUUCCAAGUGCUUUUAAAAUUGUUCUCAUAACCUACUUUUUCUAAAAUUGUAUGACUCAAUCU